AUGCGGCAUCCGAAGAUGGGAGACCGCGUUACCAGCACUGUUAACGAUUUGUGGGCCUUUUAUAAGGCUACAAAUAGUAAUGGUCCUGCCCAAGAAGAAAUCGAUCGAAAUAGCGAAUUACAGAAGAAAAUUAAACAAAAAAGCGAAUUCCUGGACUCUUUGAAACGCGUAGUUUCGGGUUUGAACAGCUUUCUACUUGGCGUACAGUCGGAACAAAAUGCGGCAGUUUGUACGAAAGGGCUCUUCAAAGAGAGCCAUGCUUUUGUCAAUGAGCUGGUUGAUAGAUACAAAGAAAAUUUCAGGAUGGAGAUGCGCAAUCGAACAGACCAGAUUCUGUAUGGGCCUGUAGAACCGAGAGGAAAUUUGUUCGGAGAUAGGCAGUUAGAAAAGAUUCGCGAAGUUGUGAAGGCGCAGGAACGUACCAUUGCUGCCCUAAAAAGCUCACCCCGUAUGUUGCAAUUUGAAAGACAAAAGAACGAGGAAGAUGCGAUCAAGCAGGAUCUCGCAGACAUUGAAUGUGAAACCGCAAAA